AUGAGCAGAAAUCAUAAUAAAAUUAAUUUAGGUUCUAAUUCUCGCAAGACUAAUGGACCAGAAGAGACCAAUACAGUUCUUCAAUCAUCAACUGUCUUAAAUGAAAAUUCCCAAUUGCAAAUAUCAUUAUCUGAUGCGAUAAAUCAGAUCAAGAAACAACAAAAGGCUUUCAUACGAGAUUUACGCAACGAUAAUACAGAAAAGAUAUUGUUGAUUCAAAUAAAUAAAUGGGAAAAAGAAUCCAUUACACAUAUUAAGUCAGAAGCUGCAAAAACUAAAAGUCGACUAGAACAAAUAAUGCAAAACAUAAAUACGAAAUUAAAACAUCGUACUGAUAAACUAUCUCAGGAACUUGAUUUGAUCUCAAGGCCUGGUAAAUAUACGGAAUCUGAUAUUGACCGAUGCAAAACAUUACUAGAAAAGAGUCAAUUAGAAUUGAGAAAAAUAUGUGCAAUCAAAAUUAAUACGACAAGUAUGUCAUCGUUGCAGCCAAUUGAAAUUGAUGAGGGAACUGUUAAUUCAUCAUCAGAAAACACAGCUUCCACAAACGACAAUCCGAUGGAAAUAGACUUUGAUAAUCGUAACAGAGAAUUACCGGUGCCACUAGAAACAACCAUACAAUUUCAAAAAUAUUCGUAUCCGAGUGUUCUUAUCAAUGGCACUAAGCCCGGCACUGCUGAAAUACAUCAAUUAUUCGAGAAACUCAGGUGUCUGAAUCCAAUGAAUAAAAAUGGACCAAUGAGUGGUGAUUGUGAUGCCGAAACUACACAGAUGGAACGAUUUCUCUAUCAAACAUUCGAUUUUAAAAACCAACAUAAAUAUAUCGUUCAAGGUGUCAAAUCCUUCCGACUAGGCAAACCAUUAAAAAACCUAGAUCCACAAGAUAUAAUUUAUUUUCCGAACACGACAGAAAAAUCUUUUGCCAUGACCGUUCAAGAAAUUAUCGACUGGCAACAUUCAUAUAAAGUCUAUGCAGACCAAAAUGUUAGAGGCAUGAACAACGACUUUCUUUCCAAAGCUCUCGAAGGACUAAGUGAGUCUGGUAAAGAAGCGUUUCGUAUGAAAUUUGUUGUUCGCAUUUCACAAUGUCCUAUUUUGAUGGAAUUUGAUGCUUGUCUUAUUACUCGAGAACUUAAAGAUCAGUGGCCUUCUCGAAUCAAGCUUGUCUCAGUUGCAGGAAUUAAUUUUGGUGGUCAAAUACAUGAUGUUAAUGAUAUUAUGACCUAUGUUUCUAAUUGGAAAGAUGUUUAUGAAAUCGAUUCAAAAUCUGCUUUACCUUUCGUCUAUAAUGGAAGAGAUUUUCACAGAAAACAUGGAGCUCCUCGAGCUGAACUUGAUGAAGAUCGUCUUCUCACAGACUUAAUACGAAUGGCAAGACUUCGAUUAUAUGCAUGUGACAAAGAAAAAGUACAAAUUGUAGUUGAGACUGGUAUCGGACUUGGUGUAUUUGCUGGAAAAAGUAUUGGAAUCGAUGGAAUAGUACGAGCACUCUCCGCAAAAGCUAUUCGAACAGUACUUGAACAAGAAGGACCAAACUAUAAAUAUAUUCGUGGAAUUGUGUUUGCUUUACCUAUAUUUGAUAGUGAUAUACGAAAUGGUCGACGAAACGAUGUUUAUCAAGCAUUUGUUGAUGAAUUUGAUCAGAGCAAAUAUAAUGGUUGUAUUCCUGUAUUGAUCACUGAUCAAGACAUGCACCGAUUAGCUAUUGCUAUUGCACGUGAAGAUUUUAGUGUUUCUGAACUGAAUCCGGCUGAUUCACAUGGUGUAUUUGGUGAAUAUUGGCAAAAUCGUGGACCAGCUGUAGAAGAACAGCUAGCUUUAACUACAUUAGGUCUACUUGUUCAACAUCAUCUCAUUAAUCCAUAUGUUCUUGAUCUAAAUCAUUACCAUCUUAUACAAUUAUAA